CUUCAAUGGCUGCCUUGAUUGGUCGUGGCUGGCCGUAAUGAGUGUGUGUAAUUCUAACCGCCCACACUCCCACUGGCUAGACCGGCCGGCCCCUCUUUCACCGCCAUUGUCACCAGUCUCUCUCCUUGCAGACUGUCUCAAACGGCCCCACCCCCACCGCCACCCCACCUCACGUCUGGCUGGAAACGCUCCCUCUUUCAAAGAGCAGGAGGGGGUUGGGGGGGUUUUGAGCCUGCCCACAGGAGCACGUAACCGUGAGGCAAUCUUUUGAAUGAAUGCGAGACGAGAAGACGGGGAACAACGCAGGACGGCAAGAUGUGGGGAGCCGACUCUUAAUUGCCAACGUUAGCUACGCCGGGAGGCAGCGAUCAUGGCGUGAAAAAAUACGGGGCCGGAAAGGAAGACUUUUACAGCUGGCCGCUGUAGAAGUAGUCCUCCCUUUCCGCGUAGGGCCGCUAACUGGCGGCUCUUCCCCGGUAUCCAGUUUCUCCCGAUCCUCAUGCAAAACCUAACGGUCCGGGGCAGCUCCAACUCAAACUCCAAUGUCAUUUGUUCCUGCAACUGCACCGGAUCCCAGCCCCAGGGGAUGGAUAUAUCUGAACUGGAGUUUGUUCAGAUAAUCAUUAUAAUCGUGGUGAUGACUGUGAUGAUAGUAGUGAUCGUGUGCUUGCUCAACCACUACAAGCUCUCCAGCUGGCCCCUCAUCACCCGACACAGUCAGAGCAGGAGACAGGAGGAGGCGCUGCGGACGGAUGGGUGCGCUUGGCCGUCGGAUAGUCUGGUGUCCCAACACGGAGGCUCAGAGACGAUGUACGGGGCGAGGUCGCGGGAGAGGUUCACCGCCGCCCCCCCCUUCUUCGCGCAGAGGGACCGGUUCGGGCGCUUCCAGCCCACCUGCCCGCACCUGCGGGAGCAGCAGAUCGACCUGCCGCCCACCAUCGCCCUGUCGGACGGGGAGGAGCCGCCCCCGUACCUGGGGCCCUGCAAGCUGCAGCUGCGGGACCCCGAGCAGCAGCGGGAGCUGAACCGCGAGUCGGUCCGGGCGCCGCCCAACCGGACCGUCUACGACAGCGAGCUGGCGGGGGGGCCGCGCCCGCCCAGCUGCAACUCGGGCGUCAGCGCCGCCGGCUCGGGCGGCCGCGGCGGGCCCGCCGACGGGCCGCCGCCCGCCUACAGCGAGGCGGUGGGCCGCCACCACCACCCCGGCUCUUCCUCCUCCUCCUCCUCCGCCUCGUCCUCCUCCUCCGUACACCAGCACAGCAAUAAUCCUCCCUCCGCCCAGAGGCCUGGGAGCAGGACGGUCUCGCAGGGCAGGAACGAAAGCACAAUAGUCCUAAUCAAGGCCAAGGAGGGUCGGCGGGACAGACUGGUGUGAAGUUUGGGGGGAGGUGGGGUCCGGGGACCCGCCCCCCUCCCCCCCCCACCCCA